AUGCGCAGUAGCCGCCGCGGCCUCGGCCGCCAGCACUUCCGGCCGCCGCCUGCCUUAAAGGGGACGACGACGACGACGGCGCGGGCGGCGCCGUGCUGCCCCCUGGCGGCGGCCGGCGGCACCACCCCGCGGCUUCCCCCGCGCGACCGGGACACGCGUGACGGGGUGCUGGCGCUGGCGCUGCUCCGCCGCUGCCUUCUGCUGGGCCCGCUGGGGCUGCGCCCGGCCGGCGGACAGGACGGGGACGGUUGCGGCCAUACGCUGCUGACACCCCACAGCGGCACCCUCAGCUCCAAGAACUACCCGGGCACCUACCCCAACCACACCGCCUGCCGCUGGCGGCUGCACCCCCCGGGCACCUCCCUCCUCCUGGCCUUCGGGGACGUGGAUCUGGAACCCUCCGAACGCUGCGCCCGCAGCUCCCUGCUGCUCGCCGACCCCCAGGCCGGCACCGCCUACGGUCCCUACUGCAGGAACGCCAGCCCCGCCACCCCGCUCCUGGUGACAAACUCCAGCGCCGUGACUGUCCUGUUCAACAGCACCAGCCACCGCUCGGGACGAGGCCUCCUCCUGUCCUACGCCACCUCGCAGCACCCAGACCUGGUCUCCUGCCUGGUUCGAGGCACCCACUACACCCAGGAGCACGUCAGCGUGUACUGCCCCGCGGGCUGCAAGGACAUCGAUGGGGACAUCUGGGGCAACCCGAGCCAGGGCUACCGGGACACCUCGGUGCUGUGCAAGGCGGCCGUGCAUGCCGGGGUGAUCGCGGAUGAACUGGGCGGGCAGGUCACCCUGUCCCGGGAGAAGGGGAUCACGCUCUACGAGUCGGCCUUCGCCAACGGGCUCCACUCCAAAAGGGGAUCCCUCUCCGAGAAGCGGCUCAUAUUCCACAAAGCCUGUGACGAUGCGCUGGAGGUGGCCGCCUUCAACGCCUCGUCCUGGUGGCACGAGGUGGACGCGCUGGGCCAGGACCGAGCCUGGGUGGCCGAACGGGCAGCGCUCGGCACCGCCGGCCACUCCUGGGCGGCCGAACCCGGUGCCGAGGCCGCUUGGCUGGAGCUGGACCUGGGCACCCGCAGGAACGUCACCGGCAUCAUCACGAAGGGCUCCUCCGAGCAGUACGACUACUACGUGACAUCCUACCGGGUCUCCUCCAGCCGCGACGGGAAGAACUGGAGACCCUACAGAGGCAGCGGUGGCCAGGAGGACAAGGUCUUUGAAGGAAACGCCGACAGCCACGGGGAGGUCUCCAACGCCUUCAUCCCCCCCAUCGUCGCCCGCUACAUCCGUGUCACGCCCCAGAGCUGGCACCAGCGCCUCGCCUUGAAGGUGGCCCUGGUGGGCUGCCAGCUGGCACGGGUCCGCGCGCCCCGGCCCUACGUGCCCAGCAUCCCCAAGGAGGUCCCCGUCCCCACCAGCCGCCCGGCCAGCCGCACACCCAUCCCCGGCGUCGCCCUGGACCCGGAGAAGGCAGGCUCCACGCUGCUGGUGAUGCUGCUCAUCGGUGGCUUCGUGCUCCUCUGCUCCAGCCUCCUGCUGCUGGCUUUCCUCUGCCACAGGAAGAGAAAGCCGUCGGUGGAGCUAAACUGCGGGAUCACGAAAGGGUACCCCAAACUGGAGUCGAGUCAGGUGUGUUCCCUGCAGAGCCUGCCGCCCCCCGGCUCCGCGCUGGCCUCCUUCCCCACGGCGGCUGCGCCGGGGGACCUCAGCCAGAUCCAUUCGCCAGAGUAUGCCGAGCCGGACCUGGUGCAGGUGAGCCCCAGCAGCCAGACGGGCCCCUCCACCUUCAAGCCGCUCCUGGACGAGGGCUACACGCUGCCGCUGGUCGUCAGCCACUACGACGUACCGGGAAAAUACCACGAGUACGCGGAGCCGCUGCCGCCCGAGCCCGAAUACGCCACGCCGUUCAGCGAGCCUGAGCCCACCGGCACGCACCGGAGUCCUUGCAGCAUCACGGGACUCCCCGGCUCUCCUCCGGUGCGGUACGAUGCACCCACCCCGCGGCCUGGAGAGCUGCCCGCUGGGGAACUCCCUCCUUCGGGGCUCGGCGGGACGUACACGGCCCCCCGGGCGGAGCGGACUGUCAGCCCCGGUGGGGAUGUCCCCUCCCCGGAGGAGUCCCGCUUCCAGCUGGGGCACCGUCCCCUCUCGCCGGUGUACCACGAAGCCUUGUGAAGCUGUG